ACAACCAAAACACGUGAUCACACCGCAACUGUUGUUGUCUCUGAUAUCUCUGAUAUCUCUAGAUAUCUCUCAUCUACUCACAAGAACAACCAAAUAACCCGUCUACCAUUAUUGAUCCUCUGAUUUGGUUCAGCAGAAUGGAGUGGCUGGAAGGUGCGGGUUUGGCUGACUAACUCUCCUGACCACAUCAACUCGCAAAAGCACAUAUCUCAUUUCCCUGAUUUGGUCGUCAACCAGAACGCGCCAUGUCAUCAUGCGCUAGUUCGGACGACGAGUCCAGCUCGGACGAUUCGCCUCGGCUGGAGCUGGAUAUUUACAAGCUCCUGGACCGCGCAACCAACAGCCUCCACGCCAAAUGCAUGAGAGCCGAGCGAUUCACUCGGGGAGCCAGUCAUGAAAUCUACCUCCUCACCUUUCAAGCGAGCCCAACAGCGCAUGAGCGCCUCGCGAGGUCUGGAUUUGUUUGCAUUGCACGCUUCACUCGCGUCAGGUCUGCCACUGCCGCCGCCAGGGACGCCAGCGAAAUCGCAACGGUCCGAUACGUCAGGAGCCACACCGACAUUCCCGUUCCCGAGGUCUAUCACCACGACCUGGACUUGGACAACACAGUCGGUGCCCCUUACGUCCUCAUGGAGCGAAUUCCCGGGCGGCAUCUAUAUCAAAUAUGGGAUGAUCUACCCCUCGAUCAUAAGAAGGCGGCGCUUUCACAGAUUACCUCGGUGAUCAUCCAGUUCGCGUCCCUGCGCUUCGACAAAAUCGGAUCUCUCAACGAGCAUGGAGUUGGCCCCCUCGUCAGCCCGUGCUUUGACCUACCCAGGGGACCCUUCAACUCGACUGAUGAGUAUUUACAAUCCUUCGUCUCGACCGACCAAGUCGAAUCACCGGAACUUGUCAGACUCUGUCAGCAGAUCCAGAAAGAGCUGGACGGUUUCCUGGCACUUCAUGCGGACGAACCUUACCUUCGACAGCCAUUUGGCAUGAUCCACGCCGACUUCGACGGCCAGAAUAUGCUCUUUGUCGAGCAACCCGACGGUUUGCCACCCAAGCUGUCCGGGGUAAUCGACUUUGAGUAUUCCCAUACCGGCCCUCUGUACUUCUUGUACGAGUACCCGAUCUUCAUCCAGGAUGUUUCCUGGUCCAAGGAACUCUAUGCUGACAACGCUCUCCUGCGCGCUCAUUUCGUCCGCGAAAUCUCUCGAGGGCUGCCAGAUGCCGAGUCACGAGCAGCAUUCAUCGCCUGCAUCAAUGCAAAGAACUUUGUAUUGAACGACUUCCAGAGAUGCUUCAUGUCAAUGAAGUGCUCCGAGCAUACUCUCAUCAACCUGUCCAAUUCCUAUCUAGAAGAUUUGAGAGACACCACAAGACCUGCUUAUUCUGGCCGACCAGACUACACUCCGGAGCGGUAUUCAGAGAGUGGAGAACUUGCUCUGCUGCCUCUAUGAGAGAAACUCCUCUACAGCCUAUGCAGCCAUUGGUAGAAGAAGCAGAAGUAAGCGCGAAGGGCAUGACCAAGGGGGCAAGACGCAAGAGGGUUCACUGAUGCUUUUUGCAAUGUCCCGCUUUUAACAUGCUCUUGGUCGUCUUCUUGCACUUGGGGCAGUGGUGCUUCGUCGGGUAGGGAGGCAUGUCGUGGAUAUCCUGUGUUAGCUAAGAGUUGACCUC